AUGGCAGAGAACGCUGCGACCUUCGUUGCCAUCACGGGGGCCCCGCUGGAGCAGGCCGAGAUGUACCUGGAGAUGGCCGGCGGCGACAUGGAGCAAGCCGUGGCCAUCUUCUUCGCCAACCAGGACGUCCCGAUGGGCGCGGCGGACGGCGGCGCGGCGCCGCCCGCGGAGGAGGCCGCCGCGGGGGCCGUCGCCAGUCAACCGGCGCCGGCCUGGUGGCACGUGAUCUGGCCCGCCGUGGAGGAGCCCCCCGAGGCCUGGACGCGUCAGCGGCUGGACUGCGGCGACGGCUGGCCGGGCGGCAUCCCGCAGCCCAAAAAUGGCCCAUGCGGCGUGCUCGCCGUGGUCCACGGCUUCAUGCUCGCGGGGCAGCACGCGAAGGAGGCGGCGGAUAUUCAGGUCUCCGCGCAGGCGGCCGCAGAGGCCAUCGCGGGCAUCCUGGCGCGGUGCCGGCCGGAAGAGGGCGCGCCUAUCCGGCUUGCUCGCCCGCGCGAGCGCGGCAACUACCGGCCCGACGUGGAGCUUGAGGAGGCAGGAGUUCUCCGACAUGGCGGCGGCAGCAGCCGAGAUCCGGGCCCGCGUGGAAGACUUCCGCGGGCCUGGUGGCUUGAUCGACCUGGUGAUUCGGCGGUCAUGACGCGCGGGAUCGAACAGGUGAGGAUCGACGCGACGGCCGAAGGCGGCGAGCUGCCGCUGGUCAUCCGGCAGUUCAAUUGUUGGCUCUGCACCACGGAGUUGCUGUCCUUGCUCAUGCGAGGCAGAGCCGAGGACCGGCAACGUCGGGCAGUUCAAGGCCGACGGCAAGCUGAACGAGUCUUGGGAGGGCGCCUUGGUGGGCAUCCUCUCCAGGAGCGAGAAAGAGAGCGGCGUGCCGGUCGCAGAUGCCCUCAAGAGCCCUCAGGCCCCAGUCUGGAUCCUGCACGGCGGCGACCACUUCACCCAUGGGCAAAGGCCAUGCCUGCAGCAGAGCCUGGCUCCAAGUUCGUGCUGAACCACUGGAACGGUUUGCCUCCAGGCGGCCCCCGCCUGGCCGAGAUCGGCGUCGCGGCGGUCCGGGGCGCCGUCGCCUCCGGGGCGAAGGAGGCGCCGAAGUUCUACAAGCCGGUGCCGGGAGAGGUGGACGACUUGGUGCAGGCAGAUCCUGACGACAAGAAGGCAUUUCCGGACAAGUACCGCCAGUGGCGUUACGAGGUCCUGCUGGCGUGGGACGACCCCAGCGUGCAGGGCGAGCCGAGGCCCCCUGACGCGAAGCCAGAGCCCACCUUCGACCAGGACCGCGGUCGCGGGGCCGGGGCCGUGGCGGUGCCGCUUGUGCUACGCGAAGCGCUUCCAGACAAUGGACUUCGCCCUGGUGCCAGAAGAUUCUCCCGAGUGGUGCCCGAAGUGCCAGAAGACUCGCAAGGAGAGUGCGGAUGGUCGUUGUGGAUGCCCUGGUCGGAUCUGCCGUCCAGAUUCCAGGAGCAACCAUUAUGGACCGCUACGCGUCCAAGUUUGAGACGAUUGUUUGGACCAAGUGGCCCGCUGCUGAGAUGGAAGCUGCUGCUGGUCGCCUACCAGAUUGCUGAUAUGGAGUGCGCAAGGUCGUGGGAAAGAUCUCUUGGAACCGCGGCAAUUCUCCACUGA